AUGGUCAGAGAAAAAUCUUGUCAUUUCCCUAACCAUUUACUCCAAAAGUUUGCUAAUGUAUUGCAUUUUAUAUUACUUCUUGCAGUGACAAUGGAGGGUGAUGAUAGUCUAAAGACAUGGGUAUCUGAUAAAUUAAUGUCUCUACUGGGAUAUUCUCAGCCCACAGUCGUACAGUACAUGAUUGGACUAUCCAAGCAAGCUACUUCACCAGCUAAUUUGGUGGGAAAGCUAGUGGAGUUUGGGAUCUCCUCGUCAACUGAUACUCAUGCAUUUGCAGAGGAAAUUUAUGCAAGAGUUCCUCGAAAAUCAUCUGGUUUAAAUCAAUAUCAGAAACAAGAGAGAGAAGCUGUAAUGUUGGCCAGGAAGCAGAAGACUUACACAAUUUUGAAGGCUGAUGAUGAUAGUGAUGAUGACUUUGUAGAUAAAUCUACAAUAACUACUACUUCAUCUACAAAGCCCGACAAUCAUAAAAAAAAACGUUUCAGGAAGAAAACUGAAGUUCAAGAUGAUCAAGACGAUGAGGCAAAAAAGGAAAGGGAGAGACAAGUUAAGAGAAGAACUUCCCCUGAUGAUGAUACUGAUUCAGAGUCUGAAGAAGAAAGAUUGAAAGAUCAAAGAGAGAAAGAGGAAUUAGAGCAGCAUAUGAGAGAACGAGAUGCAGCAGGGACACGGAAGUUGACUGAACAUAAAUUAACACGAAAGGAGGAAGGUAUGUCUGUGGCUUUUAAACUUAUUAAUAUGUACAGAUAUGAGUGUCAAUGUAAUCUUGGUUCAAUCUGUCGUCCAACAGAAGAGGCAAUUCGAAGAUCUAAUGCUGCAGAGCAGGAUGAUAUUCAAGCUUUGAGCACAGUAUGUCAUGUCACUUACAGUUCCACCUGUCAUUGCAGAAAGGUUUCAAGGCAAGAAUACUUGAAGAAAAGGGAGGAAAAGAAAUUAGAAGAACUGAGAGAUGAUAUAGAAGAUGAACAAUAUCUAUUUGAAGGUGUGAAGCUUUCAGAAUCAGAAGAUCGGGAACUGAGGUACAAGAAAGAGUUAUAUGAACUUGUGAAGAAGCGGUCAGAGGAGGCUGACAAUGUGAAUGAGUAUAGAAUGCCAGAAGCUUAUGAUGAGGAAGGUGGUGUUAAUCAGGAGAAGAGAUUUUCUGUGGCAAUGCAGCGUUAUAGGGAUCCAAAUGCUGAGGAUAAAAUGAAUCCGUUUGCUGAACAAGAGGCUUGGGAGGAACAUCAAAUUGGUAAAUUUUCUGCAACGCUGAAGUUUGGUUCAAAAAAUAAAAAACAAGUCUCUGAUGAUUAUCAGUUUGUGUUUGAGGACCAGAUUGAUUUUAUCAAGGCAUCAGUAAUGGAUGGAGAUAAGUUUGAUUAUGAAGAGAUGGAAGAUUCUCUUGAAAAGUCCAGAGCAAAGUCAGCUUUGGAGGCACUUCAGAUUGCAAGAGAUGCAAAGAACGGGGAUUGGGAAAUCAAGGAAGUAGUUAAUUUAAUAGAUUUGCCCGUACUUGUAAUUGUUGGAGAAACUGGUUCUGGAAAGACGACACAGAUCCCCCAAUAUCUUCAUGAAGCUGGCUAUACAAAGCAUGGAAUGAUUGCAUGUACUCAGCCACGGCGUGUUGCGGCUAUGAGUGUUGCUGCCCGAGUUUCUCAAGAAAUGGGUGUUAAAUUAGGGCACGAGGUUGGUUACUCCAUCCGUUUUGAAGAUUGUACAUCAGAGAAAACUAUUCUGAAAUAUAUGACUGAUGGGAUGUUACUGAGGGAAUUUCUUGGUGAGCCUGAUCUAGCAAGUUAUAGUGUUGUGAUGGUGGAUGAGGCUCAUGAAAGAACACUCUCAACUGAUAUUCUGUUUGGAUUAGUGAAGGAUAUUGCUCGAUUUCGGCCUGAUCUCAAGUUGCUGAUAUCAAGUGCUACACUUGAUGCGGAGAAAUUCAGUGAUUACUUUGAUUCUGCGCCAAUAUUCAGAAUUCCAGGGAGAAGAUAUCCUGUUGAAAUAAACUACACCAAAGCUCCAGAGGCUGACUACUUGGAUGCAGCUAUUGUCACCUCACUUCAAAUCCAUGUCACUCAACCUCCUGGAGAUAUAUUGGUAUUCCUUACUGGUCAAGAAGAGAUUGAAACGGCAGAAGAAAUCUUGAAGCAUCGAACUAGAGGCUUGGGGACUAAAAUUGCCGAGUUAAUAAUAUGCCCUAUAUAUGCCAAUCUUCCAACUGAAUUGCAGGCUAAAAUAUUUGAACCCACUCCUGAAGGGGCACGGAAGGUUGUCCUUGCUACUAAUAUUGCAGAAACGUCAUUGACAAUUGAUGGGAUCAAGUAUGUCAUUGAUCCAGGAUUUUGUAAGAUGAAAAGUUAUAAUCCAAGAACAGGAAUGGAGUCUUUGCUAGUAACUCCCAUCUCAAAAGCUUCAGCAAAUCAAAGAGCAGGUCGUUCUGGAAGAACAGGUCCUGGAAAGUGCUUCCGAUUGUACACUGCGUACAAUUUUCACAAUGAUUUGGAGGAAAACACUGUUCCUGAAAUACAGCGGACUAACCUUGCAAAUGUAGUUUUGACUUUAAAAAGUCUUGGCAUUCAUGAUUUAUUGAACUUUGAUUUUAUGGAUCCUCCACCUGCAGAGGCCUUAUUAAAAGCUCUGGAGCUUCUAUUUGCGUUAAGUGCAUUAAAUAAGCUAGGUGAGUUAACUAAGGUGGGUAGACGGAUGGCAGAGUUCCCACUUGAUCCUAUGUUGUCAAAAAUGAUAGUGGCUUCAGAAAAUUACAAGUGUUCAGAUGAUAUCAUUUCUAUUGCUGCUAUGCUUUCUGUUGGAAACUCAAUAUUUUACCGUCCAAAGGAUAAACAAGUACAUGCAGACAACGCAAGGAUGAAUUUUCACACAGGAAAUGUUGGAGACCAUAUAGCAUUGCUAAAGGUCUACAAUUCGUGGAAGGAGACCAAUUAUUCAACGCAAUGGUGCUAUGAAAAUUACAUACAGGUAAGGAGUAUGAAACGGGCUAGGGAUAUCCGUGAUCAACUGGCAGGUCUUUUAGAGAGGGUUGAGAUCGAACUAACAUCAAAUGAUAGUGAUUUAGAUGCCAUCAAGAAAUCCAUUACAUCAGGGUUUUUCCCACACUCUGCACGAUUGCAAAAGAAUGGAUCAUAUCGGACUGUGAAACAUCCACAGACUGUUCACAUACAUCCUAGUGCGGGGUUGGCACAGGAGGAUGAUAUGAAUUUUGUUGAGGUGGAGGAGAUGAAUCUUGUAGUGUUAGAGAAUGAUGGGGCUGAUGGUGUUGAUCAAACCGGAAGUAGCAGGAGGUUGCAGUGUGUCCUUGCAUGA